AUGGAAGCUCAGGGUCCCUUGGACGUUGUUCCCGAGGAAAACUAUCCCCCAUUGAUUACGCAGGCGAAUUACUUGUCUACAAAACAAUUAAUAGACCAGGUUUUGAGCGAAGACCAAGAAUAUGUAGCGUGGAAAUUGAAGGACAUGAGGACGGGAGGUACAAUGAACGGAUACUUGAAACAAUACCUUGAAUAUUCGGGAGAUUCAGAUGGAAAGAUUCUGGUAAGGGGAGAAGAUGGGAUCGAUAUGGCACAAUUUGACAGAUUGCAAAAGCUCGAAAGACGUGAUGGAGCUUUGAACAGAGACGACGGCAAGUUUAGAAGACGAAAUGGAGGCAAAAUAAGCAAACCCGCGCCGGGUAGUCAUAUUGUUGAAAAAUUGAGAUUUCCGAGAGAAGUGUACGACGAGCAAUUGCGGAAUCUACCGCAUGGCCGUGAAUUGGACCAGUCUGAACAACUGAAUCUGCUGGUAACGAAUUUAGAUGAGGACCAAAUGAAUCGCUUCGAAGUGUUCCGUAGAACUUCGCUCGCUAAGAAUAACGUGAAGAAGAUAUCGGGGCUAGUGACUGGCCAAACAGUGGCUGCCAACAUCAAUCUGCUACUUGCAGGUGUUGGGAAGAUUCUAGUUGGUGAGAUGGUAGAAAAAGCGCUCGAGGUUAAAAAGAAAAUGCUCGUUGCUCUCAUGUUGGGCAAAUUCCGUGAGAAGGAAGUGGCAGCUCACCGACUGAAAAAGAGCCUCAAGAAGCUCACAAUGAUGGUUGAGGGCGCCGAACAUCCUUAUGAGGACAGUGUGGACGAAGCGGAAGAAGAUUUUUUACAGGAGGGAGACGAAGAAGAGCAAGCCAACGAGAUCGUCGACAGUAAUCAGCUGCUGAAGUCUCAUGUCAACUCAGAAGAAAUAAGACGAGGUAUCAUUAAACACUACAACAAGUUGGUUAAAAGGUUCAAUGCGUUAGAUGUCAGCAUCGAAAAGUACUCAGACAGUCCUUUACUUCCCGAGCAUAUUCGUGAAGCGUGGAGGCUCUAUCGCACGGAAAACGACACGGUACCUCAAGCGACAUGGAGGACACAGGGCGAAUGUAAUGGAUGGAUGUUCAGAUAG